AAAAGUAGACUGGAAGUGACGUCACAAUGAAGGUUACUCUGACACGAGACUUUUUAUUUGUUUACUCCUAACUAGUCAAAAUAAAGUCGGUGGGAGGGCUCAUCCGGGAAGGGAAGCUUUCAAGCGGAUUGGCGAAGGCAGCAGAGGGAGAACUGGCCUAUUUUUAGUGGGUUAGUCUAAGUAAAUAUGGACAGACAAACCUUCAGUGAAUUAGUCAUUGAACUAAAACCUCAUGACGUCAUCCUUAAUCCCUUUGAGAGCUCUGUGUAACUCUUCUGUACAUAGGCCAAUUUGCUCUCCUGCUUACGACUAACUGGCAAUUCUUCAGUAGUUACUAUGAAUGUCCUUUUGCUUUGUCCAGAACAAGGCAUAGCGACUUUUUUUUUUUUUCAAGACAAAUGUACUGGAAGAUACAAUUUGGGGUGAAAUUUUGAAAUAGUUCAAUUUAUUCUGCACUGGUUAAUCUGUGGGCGAAUCCCAGGAAUAAUUGAUAAUCCAUGGUGAUGUUGCUUGACAACUUUUAUGUUGCUAAUUCUGUGAGGGAGGGUAUCUCAUUUUUAUAUGAUUUGGUUGAAAAUAAUGGGUCAAGCACAGAGUGGUUCUGAUAAAGAAGUUACCCUGCAACACAUCCAGGCACUGUACCGUAGGUUUGCAAGUGAAUGUCCAAGUGGCAAUUUACACUUGCAUGAAUUCAAGAAAAUUUUUCGAGUUAACAACGAAUCCUCAGAGGAAGAAUCGGCCUACAUGGAAAAUGUUUUUCGAUCGUUUGACACAAAUAAGGAUGGAAAGCUAGACUUUAUGGAAUAUGUGGCAGCCGUACAUCUUGUUUUGCGGGGGAAACUGGAGGACAAACUUAAAUGGUCUUUCAAGGUAUAUGACAGAGAUGGGAAUGGCCGGCUGGACAGAGGAGAAGUGAGACAUAUUAUCAAGAUUAUCUACAAAUUAAAGAAGCACACUGACCCUGGUGCUCCAGAGAACAUUGAGGAUAUAUGUGAUAGAAUAUUUACCCAAGUGGACAAAAAUAAAGACAGUCAAAUUUCCCUGGAGGAAUUUAUUGAAGGAGCUGAAAAGGACCCAUGGGUAAUGGAUCAACUUAAAUUGGAUUUCACACCCUGUGACUGGUUUAUUGAGCAGCAAGAGAAGAACCCAAACUCAUAAUGCACUCAUUCAUUAUACUGAUGUAUAUGCCUGGGUCCUGUGUUCUGCAAAAAUACCUCAUCACAGUUUUCAUCUUGUAUUCUCACGGAACAUUGUGUGAAUUUCUACACCAUUCACAUUUUAAUAUGCCAAAAAGUAGACUGAAGAUUAACUGGUUCUUGGUUUUUUUCACUUAUCUCCCUUUAUGGCGGAGUAGAUGCUGUCCUGGUGCUCUCUUGUAUGUACUUUAAACUUAUUCCCAUCACUGUGUACCAGUGUGCCUGGUGUGCGGCUAUCUCACUAUGUAAAAACAGUUUGUGUUGUUUUAAAAUUUUCUUGGUCAAAUUUGUGGAAAGAUCUAGGAAGGAUUCCUCCUAUUUACAUAAAAUACACAGCAUUUCCAACUGCAAUGUCAAUGACAAAGACUAACUAUCAAGCCUUCAACAUACAUUGCCACAAAGAGAUAAGAUACCAUUAAAUUUGUCUUGGGUUAUAGGAUGUCAGAAUUUUUUAUUAUGAUUUUGGGGGGGUGGAAAUGUGUGUGUAUUUCAACCCCAAUUCCAGUGAAGCUGGG